AUGGCUGAGACAGACCCCAAAUCCGUGCAGGACUUUACAAAUGUGGUGCAAACCUUGUUGCAACAGAUGCAAGACAAGUUCCAGACCAUGUCAGACCAGAUCAUCGGAAGGAUUGAUGAGAUGAGCACACGGAUCGAUGACCUGGAAAAGAACAUUGCUGACCUGAUGACACAGGCGGGUGUAGAAGAAAACGGGUCGACGCCUGAAAAGCCAAAAGAGAGUCAAGGCUCCUCAUGA